ACCUGCCACCCAAACAGCACCCAUCACAUCACAGAGAGGCAUGUACUCCCACCGCACAAACAGACCCAGAAGAGUAAAGUCUGUUGACUCUAUGCAUUCGAGUUUUGAUGAAAACCAGAUAAAUAAUGAGGUGAGACACUGUAUCAUGCUGAAUGAACUGUAAGUGCUGAAGAGCUGCAACUGGUGUGAGGCUUCCAAUUCUAUUUAUUACUAUUAUCUUAAAGUCAUUGCUGUAGGACUGUGGAAAUUCAUAGUAGCUGAUAGUUAUCAUUUUAUUUCGUGUAUAUCAUCGAGAUAUAGAAUAGUAGGUCAUUUGUAUUGACUGCACUUAGAUUUUUAUACUUUGCUCUUUAAAAAAAAUGUUUUCCCAAAAAAAGUAUACAUAUAAAAAAAGUAUACAUAUUAUUAAUGUAUCUCUUAAUUAUUAUUUCAUUUAUUAUUUUUGCUUUCAGAUUUUGCCAUACUGGAACAAUAAUACAAUACAGUAGUAGGAAAAUAUAUAAAAAGGGAAAAAUACACACAUUGUGCCAAAACAACAAAACACCAGGAUAUCAGCCGUCACAGAAAAUAUUGGUCACGCAGGACCACAUAAAUAAAUACAUUUUAUUUAUAAUGUUAUAUAAUAUACAGGGAAUUGUGAAUAAUUAGCAAAGAAAUUACAAAUUGUAGGGAUACAUCUGGAAAAAUAGCUGAUAUGGAGAUUUUUUAUUCAAUUAACAUGUAUAGCUUGGAGGAAAGACGAGACGGGGGAUAUGAUAGAAACAUUUAAAUAUAUAAAGGGAAUCAACACAGUAAAGGAGGAGACUAUAUUUAAAAGAAGAAAAACUACCACAACAAGAGGACAUAGUCUUAAAUUAGAGGAACAAAGGUUUAAAAAUAAUAUCAGGAAGUAUUACUUUACUGAGAGGGUAGUGGAUGCAUGGAAUAAACUUCCAGCUGAAGUGGUAGAGGUUAACACAGUAAAGGAGUUUAAGCAUGCGUGGGAUAGGCAUAAGGCUAUCCUAACUAUAAGAUAAGGCUAGGGACUAAUGAGAGUAUUUUUAAAAAAAUUAGGCAGGCUAGAUGGGCUGAAUGGUUCUUAUCUGCUGUCAAAUUCUGUUUCUAUGUUUCAAUUUGUUUGUUUUGUCCACAAUUUGCAAUUCAAUUCUCUUGUCAAUGCUCGAUAAUCUCUGGUAUAUUGAAUAUAGCUUUGCUAUGUUUUUUUCAGCUUUUUUCUUGUGACUUGUGAGAAUCUUUUCUUUAUCUUCAAAACUGCAGACUGACAGUUGAGAAGAUAGGAAACUAAACGAUAUUUCAAAUUUCAGUUAGAAGUAACAAGUGUACAUACGGUGUCACUCAUUGGGAUAUUGUCACAUAGCGAUUUCAGAAGUAACAAGUAUUCCGCCACAAUGCUUAGAACGCUGACAACAUGAAGGAUCGACAGUUUGAAAGGUUUUAGGACUUACAAACUUGUCAAUUACUUUAACCCCUUAAGGACCAAACUUCUGGAAUAAAAGGGAAUCAUGACAUGUCACACAUGUCAUGUGUCCUUAAGGGGUUAAUAUAACGCCUUUAUAAAAUGCAGGAAAAUUCCUUAUAUGAAUACUCCUAAGUCAACAAGAAGCCUGUUUUUUUUUUUUUUUAGGAUUACAACCCUUAAUGGCAGAUAAUAAAUUUGCAUUUAUGAUAAUGACAAUACAGAUUAGAUUACGCCUCCUUCUAUUUAAAAAAAAAAAUACAAUGAAAAUGACUAUUUUUGUAUAGAAAUGUUUGUUUAAAAUCUUUCUGGCUUGGUAGCCAUUUUUUCUGCAAUUCUAACUUCAUAUUUGGAAUUGUGCACUUUUGCAAACAAUUUAAAGACUUUAAAGAUAUGAUAAGGGAGAAAAAAAACAAGCAAAAAACAUUCUACAAAAUAAAUUCCUACUGACUCACAAUUAGAAAGUUAUUAGUAAGAAUACUUUUAAUGCUGUUCCACUGGUGUUGUCAAAGUUUUGAAUAGAAUAGAAUUCUAGUCUGAUUGUUGCUCAAGCUUAAAGAGCUGGAUGUUGUCUCAUUAGUCCGUUAUAUUCUGUAAUUUCUAUUAUUUAGAUUAUUCCUGUUUCACUUAAUUCUCUUUUAAUUUUCUAAAGUAUUUAUUGUUACCAUCAGUAGCACAUACCAACGCUUUUGCCAUUACCUUCAUGUAUUUUUUUUAAAUAGUUCAACAAAACAGCCAUUGCUUUUAGUUGUGGGGGACAAGCACUAGACCACUGUCUGACACCCACUAGAGGUGUGGGCAUUGUAAAAUUGAUAUAGUCAUGUUACUUAGAAACUGAAUUGUUUACCAUAGCAAGACUGCAGGGGCAUCAUCUAUGGCCCAGAAUGACGUCAUUAGGUGAACUGAGUUUGGUACAUAGAGUGUCCCUUUAAGAUCUUCAUCAGCAAUAGACUUGUGCAAAAAACCUUUGUACCAGAUCGUCCAAAUCAAAAUCCUUUUAAUAAUUCACACUAAACGAAUUGGCUCAAACAAAUCUUUGCAAACGGGGAAAAAAAAAACAAAAAAAUUGAUUUCUUUGAAAUGAUCUGUUAAUCUUAAAACCCUAAUUUAGGCUGAUAUCAAUACAUUUCCAGCUUUUAGUUCAACCCUAACCAUAUUUAGGCGAUGGGGGAUUAUUUGCUAAACCACAAAUUGCUGACACAAUCAACUAGCGAAUUGCAAAUGUUAGUCAAAAAUAGCUAAAUUGGAAAAAUUCUGGAGCUGAGUUGUUUUUCCAAAUUGUCUAUGAUACGGAUUGGCAAAACCUUUUUUGUUUUACUUGCUGCGAUGUCAUAUUAUAUCAUGUAUGGGGUUUAUUGGGUUAAUCUUGUAAUCGCUGUGUUUUGACAAAAUGUUAUUUGUGAGUUCGCAAGAGACAGAAGUUCCAAAGUUCUGUUUGCCAGUACUCUUAUUCACAAAUAACAUACUGGUCGGUUGGCAUCUAAGUGAUCUUAUGACUUUGAUAAAUGUCAAAAUGUUACUAAUGUAAUUGUAAGAGACUACAAGAGAGAAUAUUAUGUUAGAUUACGAAAUAGGAAAAAGAAAAACGACAUAUUCCAUAUAGCCUCACUGCUGUUCCCUCAUUCACUGUUCUGCUUGGAUCUAUAAUUUCCAGUUUAGAAUUUAAAGCUUACUAAAUAAGGAAUUGUAUGUAUAAAAACAGUAUUUUAGUUAACUGGCCAAUUUAGAUGUAUCUAUUAAAUGAAAAAAAAAAAAGAAGUUAUGCUACAUAGAUUUCAAUGGAAAAGGGUGAACGAUUUAAAAGAUUAAAACUGCAGAAUUUCCUUCCAAGACUAUGACAAUGUUUGAGGACACAUAAAAUAAUUGUAGGAAAUGUCAAAGAUAGAUUCUCAAUUAGUUGUUUUUUUUUUCUUCACUCCGUUCAGUUUUUUUUAUGCUUUCAGAAAUUCUAGGGAGUUUGAUUAACAAAAUUGUAUCUUUUUUUUUUUCAAACCUAGUCUUUAGCCUUUAACGUCAUAGGUUUAGAACAAAUAACUCUCUCAGUCUAAUUUCAUUAAAUUUGUAGUGGUAUAAAUUCUAUAAUUAAUUUCAGAUCAUGAGAUGGGUGAUCUUGCUUGAUCCAGACACUACUAGACUAUAUUUCAGGGAAAUCUCUAUGAUAAUACUACCCCUUCAACCCCCCUUCAAGUAAUCCUUAUUUUGUCUUAUGAUAGCUUUUGACUGGGUUGGGAUUUUAGUUAAAUUCAUGAUGAGUAUUUCAUAAUGGUUUUUUCUUUUUUCUAAUAUACUCAUUUUGGAUUGGAGGGUGACAAAGCUGCGUUAAGCUAAAAUGGCAGCUGGAAGGUUUUUGAAUAUUAGUUAGUGUGUUUGUAUUACAAUCCUCUCUUGAUUGAUUAUUUGAUAAAAGUUCUGUUGAAGCUAAACAACUGGCACCAUUUAUUUUUAUGCCAGUGAUUCUUCACGUCUUUUUUUAGAGAGGUCAAGAGGACUCUGAAAUAAAAUAUAACUGUUUAUGGAUGUAUCUUCACAGGGGUCCUUUGCGUAGGAUAAAUAUGGAAAAUAUGAGAAUGUUUUCACUGAUAAAUGUAAAAUUUAGUAGUUAAAGGAACACUAUAGGGUCAGAAGCACAAACAUGUAUUCCUGACCCUAUAAUGUAAAAACACCUAGCCUCUCUGCCCCCUCCCCCCCCCCCUUCUCCCUCUAAAUAAAGUAAAAUCAUUGUUGUUUUCAAGUCAAUUACAUAGGAAAUCAUUGGACUGGAUGAGAAUGUCAAGGAGACAGAUUAGGGGCAGAGCCAGCACAAGUCAAACACAGCCCUGGCCAAUCAGCAUCUCCUUUUAGAGAUUAAUUGAAUCAAUGCAUCCGUAUGACAAAAGUUAAAUUUUAACAUGCAGAGGGUGGAGACACUGAAUGUGCAGCACUGACCCAGGAAGCACCUCUAGUAGCCAUCUGAGGAGUGGCCACUAGAGGUAUCCCUAGGUAAUUUAAACACUGCAUUUUCUCUGAAAUGACAGUGUUUACUGCAAAAAGCCUGAAGGGAAUGAUUAUACUCACCUGAACAAAUACAAUUAGCUGUAGUUGUUCUGGUGACUGUAGUGUCCCUUUAAUAAUAAAUAUGUUUUGUUAUUCAAAUGAAAGAUUUCUGAGUUCUGUACAUAAUUGAAUCCAAUACAUUUUUUUUAACUUGUUCAUUAUCUGCAUUUUGGUUGCUUUGUAAUUAGCCCAUAAGGCGAUUCAGAAUUCAGGAAUUCGGACGAAUCACUGAUUGUUCUAAAUAUGAAUGAAUCAUCAUUCCUUUGAAACUGAGUUCAAAAGUCCCUUCUAUUCCCUCACAUCCCCAUGUGCUGGGCUGUGGGAGGUAAGAUAGUGGUAAAUUUGUGCAGCAUGACUAUAUGGAAUAUAUAUACCUUGCACUUAUAGUAGGAAAUAUAGAUAUAUGGAAUCAUGAAACAAGGACCCAAAAUCAGGACUGCCAAACUGAUUACAGGACAGUUGGGCAUUAUGAAAACAUAUGAGGUGAUAUAUCCUGUAUAGACAAGCCAUGUCAGCAUUUUAUAGCCUUUUCUAUUUUAGUAUUUCUGUAUCUGUUUACUGUAGAAAAAAGUUUUAACAAAAUCACAUAAUGCAGAAUUGAACUACAUGUGUGUGUUUCUCUUUAAAUCUACACAACUGAAAUGUGUAUAAAAUUAUUCAAGUUAGUUAUUCUAAUAGACUUCUAGUGUUAAAAAAACAGAUUACACUGCCCUCUACUGCUGCAAAAUAAAAAUGACAUUUACAGGGUUUUUUACUGAAGUAAAUUUAAAUUUUUAAGGCCAAAAUAGCUAAAUGGAAAUUGACCUUGAAUCCUCACUUUAGUGAAUAAGCCUGUUAGUGAUUAUUUGUACACAUUUGCAGGAUUGUUGCUUAAAGGGAUACACUAAUCAUUCUAAUCAUGACAUUUUAUCCUGUAGCUUUUUGUAGUGGUUGUGGUACAGGGUGUCUUUGGAUCCUGUCCCUCUGUUUUUCGCAAACUGUUUCAAAUGGUUUGACAAAAAACGUGGCUUUACCAAUACUCAAAGUCUGGCCCCUUUGGUACAUUGAGUUAAGGUAGAUAUAUUACUGUAUUAUCUACACAAAUGUGGAUGUCAGUGAUGGGCUACAAAUCCUGGAGGUAUAAACGGCUUGAGUGGUUUAAUUAAAAGGAAAAGUCACUGCACUGGUUGCUUCCAGCCUCCCAGCCUCAUAUUACUAAAGGCAUGUCUUCAAAAACCACAUAACUGUCAUUGGAAACAGAUUGGACAAAGUACCCUGCACAAAGUUGACCAUUUGCAGUCACAUUCCUUUCUGUAUCCCAUGUUGUGUUCCUAAAUGGCUUUCCAAGUUUUAAAAUAGGGGUUUUGGAAGCAAGCCCAGAACUUUGUAAUAGUGAACGUUCCAUUUAUGGGACAUUUCCCAGGGUCCCAGAGUAAUUGUGUCUUACAGUCAUGUGAUUAGAGGAGCAGAGUUUUGUUGGAGUUAAGUUAACAAAAGUUAACUUAGUUAACAAAACUCAAAACCAAAAAAAAAUAAAAAUUGUCUAGAUUGUUGUGAUAUUUAGAAAACAAUUAAGGACACAAAAUAUUGUCUCGGUUUGUUUUUUGCUUAACACGUUAAUGUUCUCACUUAAAUUAUUGUCCAAUAAUUCAAUGGCUAAACGCUUUUAAGCUCUCCCAGAAAAUUUGGAUUUAAUUUAAAAUGUCUGUUUAUUGUUAUAAUUCCACUUCCAGUUUAUUAAAGCAAACUAUACGAAGAUAGAAGAUAAUAAGGAAAACAACAGUUUGUCCGAAAGAAGUCGAUCUUCGGUUAUUUUUUCUUUGAAAAAUGAAGUCGACGGGCUUGUCAAAGCAUUGAAACUCUUCCAGGUAAAUGGAAUUACUUUUUUAGAUAUGUGAUUACAACUAGGAUGGGAACAGUCCAUCCAUUUCUAUUUUAAGCAAAUACGUAACUUGUAUGGUUUUAUUGCAAUUUUAUGUUUUAUUGGUAGGGAUUGUGCUCAGCAUUUUACUCAAAAGUAAAAUAUUUAGCAGUCAUCAGCCAUAACAACAACUUGCUUACAUAAAAUGUUAUUUUAUCUCUUUUUACAAGGAAAAGCAUGUUAACCUGAUUCAUAUCGAAUCUCGAAAAUCUAAAAGGAAAAACUCGGAAUUCGAGAUAUUUGUGGAUUGUGACAGCAACCGAGAGCAACUCAGCGAGAUCUUCCAGUUACUAAAACCUCAUAUUAAUGUCAUCACUAUGAAUCCACACGAAAAUUUCAGUGUCCAAGAAGAUGGUAAGAAAGCCACAACUCAAUCGAAGAAAUGUUUUUUGUUUUGUUUUUUGCCUAUUUUACAAAGAAAGACCAAGUAUUUUAUUUUCUUAGUGUGUUUUCUAAGUACAAUGUAAAAACAAAAGAAAGCUGAAUAGGCCUUUUAAAAGUGCAUCAUGACUUAUUUCACUCUCCAUAAUACUAUCGGUUAUAUAUUAAACAUUCAGCAUGUUUACCAAAUAAUCAAAAUACGUCCUAGUUACAAUCUCUCUUCUUUGAUCAGAAAUGGAAAGCAUUCAAUGGUUUCCUAAAAAGAUCUCGGAUCUGGACAAGUGUGCAAACAGAGUAUUGAUGUAUGGAUCUGAUCUCGAUGCUGAUCACCCAGUAAGUAACUAAAAUGUUAUAUUAUUUGAGUGUUAUCAGAGAAUUGUGGAUUAUAGAUCUAGAUUUUAAGGUAGUAAAAAACUCACCUUUUUCUUUUAGGGAUUCAAAGACAACGUUUACCGCAAGAGGAGAAAGGAUUUUGCAGAUAUUGCAAUGAGCUACAGAUAGUAAGUAUAAAUGCAAUGUUUAUAUUAAUUUAUAGGCAGAAACCAGGGAUAUCCUGAUUUACUUCCAACGUUUCAAUGUGUCAUCUGUGUGAGAAGCAUGCUUUAGCCCAAUACCUUUCAACCUCAUCCAUAAAAAGUAUACAUUAGUAAUUCAAAACAAAAUGUAACUCUUAGAGCCCCACUUAACGUCGCCUUUGGUCCAGUACUGAUCUUCACCUGGCAGAGUAACAAAUUUCUUUGAAUGAAAAUGCUGGCCGUGUUUAAUGUACAAAAGCUGAUUUAGCUGAAAAUAUAUUAAAGGGUCAAAGAAUAAAGGAGGGCUCUUAAUUCACUAUGGAGCGUUUAUAGCCACCUCUAAUUAGAGAUGUCGCGAACCGUCCGCAAACUUCUCUCGAACGGUUCGCCAUGGUUCGUCACAAACCGUUUGCGGCGAACUCUGGUCAGCAGACACAUCCUGGCCAAUCUCCGGCAGACCCUCCCUCCCAGACUCUCCCACCUCCUGGACAGCAUCCAUGUUGAAGCUGCCUUCAACAUGGAUGCUGUCCAGGAAGUAGGAGGGUCUGGGAGGGAGGGUCUGCCAGAGAUUGGCCGGGAUGUGUCAGCUGACCGGAGUUCGCCACAAACCGCGACGAACCGUUCGCGAGAAGUUCGUGGACGGUUAGCGACAUCUCUACCUCUAAUUCCUUGUAUUAUAGAAAUAGCUGAUGCACAUUAGGAACUCAUGGAACUGCUCAUAUUAUUGUAAAUACUAUCUUUCUCCUAUAGCGGUGAUCCGAUUCCACGUAUUGAAUUCACAGAGGAGGAAGUGAAGACUUGGGGGACAGUAUUUCGAGAGCUCAAUAAACUGUAUCCAACCCACGCAUGCCGAGAGUAUCUUAAAAACCUUCCACUGCUGACCAAGUACUGUGGUUGCAGAGAGGACAAUAUUCCCCAACUGGAAGAUGUAUCUCGAUUUCUCAAAGGUAAGAAGACUUACAUACUUUUUGUUUUACUCCACCAAAGCUUCUUGCUCAUCACUGGGUGAUGGCUAGAUUAGUCCCUGGAACAAGGACACUCUAAGGCAGGGGUGCCCAAAAGGUAGAUCCCCAGAUGUUGUAAAACUACAAUUCCCAUGAUACUUUGCAUGCUUUUAGAAUGACAAAGCCCCUGCCCUAAGGCAUGUGUUCAAGAUAUAAUGCUCCGAUGUGAGGCAUUUACCAGGGGCUCCAGUGUCCUACUUUUUUAAUAUUUAUAAAAUGAUACAUUAAAGACCAAUAAUUGUUUGUUUUAAUUUAUUUUUUAAAUUUUAAUUUAUAACCAUGCAUCCAACCUGUUUAACGUCAGGCUCCCCAUGUAGAAGUGUUUUUUGGGAGUUUCAUUGGCCACAAGGUGUUAUUUUACUUAAUUUUGUUAGUUAACACAACUGUGCAAAUGUCACAUUAUCUCACUGUGGAUUUAUCGCCAUAAUGUGAUGUCACCACGGGGGUUCCCUCAGACAAUGCAUAUGGGCUAUAAAAUAAUGCUUUGUAGAAGAAGAUGAAAUGUAAAUUCAGCUUGGUUGAGAUGCUUGUGAAUGUGUAAUUAAUCUUAUACAUUUAUGUAUUUGUUUAUUUUCAGAGCGCACAGGAUUUACUAUUCGUCCAGUGGCCGGCUACUUGUCUCCAAGAGAUUUCUUAGCGGGAUUAGCAUUUCGGGUUUUUCAUUGCACACAGUAUGUCAGGCACAGUUCUGACCCACUUUACACCCCUGAGCCGUAAGUACUUUAAAUAACUAAGAUCAGAAAAGAUUCCCGGGAGAUUUAUUAAACUGUCGUAUUCGGAAAAGUGGUGCAAAGAAAUGAAAGAGGAGAAGUUACUAAUGGAAUUGUUCAUGCUAGUUCCACUGUAAUCGCCCAACUUUUGGUACUUUGUACUAACUUUCCAAACAUAAGAAUUUGUUAACCUUUCACCAAUGCAUUCCUUUAGAAAGGAUUACAAUCUAGUUCUGAGUUGUAAAAUGGAAGUGCGACAACAGGGAUUUUUUGUGCUUUUAUAUAAUAAAAAACAUUUGUGUUUUAUUACUUUAAACCCAUUGUAGGGCAAAAUGUUUAAAAAAAACUUCUAAUGUAAAACGUUUUGAUUAACAAUCCAAAGACAAACUUUGACAAAUAACAUACACAUUUAUAAGUGAUAACUUUGACGCAACAGAAAUAAACAUUAACUAAUAAUAGCUAUUUAUUAACCUGUUAUGUAAGUAUCUUGGAACUUGGUGACCUGAUUUAGAUGAAGGUGUUUAAAUGUAAAACUCAGCAAAUUCAUUUUACCAACAGAUGCCUCGAUUUCAUAUUUUUGAAUAAGCUUUUCAAAUAAUUUAAUGUUUUAGAAUACGCUUAUUUUUUCAAAAUAUUAAAAUAUCAACAAAUUAUAUCAAUGUAUCAAGACUUUUCCAAUUAUUAUACAUUUUUUAAUAAGAUUAAAUCAUUUUAAACGUUUAUCCAAAAAUAUUAAAUCAUAAAGUAUGUAUUUUUCAUUGGCUCCCCUAAAUCACAUGAUGUGGUGACCCAAAGGAAAAUCCAUGUGAUCAGUGUAGGGAGUAGGGACUUUCCAAUAUGUGUCAAUACAGCAUAUUGGCCUUGAUUUAAUAAGCUUUCCAAAUUAUUCAAUACUGUUAGAAAACCCUUCUAAAAUGAUUUAUCUAUAGACAUCACCAUUAGGUCUAUGGGCAGUUUUGUAGAUAAAUAAAUUGUAGUUUUUCUAACAAUAUUGAAUCAUUUAAAAAUGAAAGCCAAUGUUAAGUAAUCCUUCAUAAAAUCCACUGGGUGAAUGUCUCCUUAUGUUUAGUAAAUGGACACUAAGUCACCAUGGUAGACAGUGUUGGAGUUAUAAAUUGGGUUCUGAAGAUUUCCCAGUUUUAAACAUUAAAACAUUGUUUUCUUAUUUUUUUAGGGACACUUGCCAUGAGCUGUUGGGUCAUGUUCCUCUCUUGGCAGAGCCAAGCUUUGCCCAGUUUUCUCAGGAGAUUGGGUUGGCGUCUCUGGGAGCCUCGGAUGAAGCUGUUCAGAAGCUUGCUACGGUAUGCAGUGCAUUUUGCCAUGUAAUUGCUGGAGUAAGAUUCUUUUUUUUGUUAAAUUAGCAAUUGCCACUACUGCACAAAUGGACACAAAUCAAUAAAAAUAAAUAAAAAAAAAGAUAUAUUCACUAGGCAUGAUGAUUUGAUUAGGACAUCCCAGACAGAGCUCUAUACUAUCAUAAAGCACUCACACAACCCGCAGAAAUGUGAAUCUGAGGAUGUGAAUUCAAAAAUGUGUAAAAAAUGAAUAGCUUUUUACACAAAUCAGGUAUUAUCGCUAAAGUGGUUAAAGAAAUUCUUUAAACACCUAAAGCACUUCAGCUUGCUUUAUUUUACGAAGAGUGCAGAGUUCAACAGUAAUUGGUACUUUUAUAAAUUAUCCUUGUUACACCCCCCCCCCGGCAGUCAAUCAGACAACCAGUCCUCUUACUUCCUGGUUGUUUAGCUCAGUGGAACUAAAUCCAAGAGGCAGCAACUGCCCAGAGCACCUGCCUUGCAAAUACUUUUCAUUGUGCUGCUUUGGGAAGUCUGUGAUUGGACAGCCAAAAAAAGUCUGGGCGGGGUUCGAAGGGGAGGGUUUUCAAAGGCUGCAAAGAGAUCUUUUUUAGAUAUACCCCUAUGAAGCAAUUCAUCACUAAAUGUGGGAAUGUUUUUCAUUAGGGUAUAUCUACUAAACAGUGUUUUUGUUUUUAUUUUGUAUUUGGCAUUAGAGUGUCGCUGUAAAGUACAUAAUUUAGUAAAGAUUAUUCAGGAGCAAAUUCAUUGUUCAUCUAAAUGUCUUCUCCACCAUUUGUUUUACAGUGUUACUUUUUCACAGUGGAAUUUGGUUUGUGCAAGCAAGAGGGUAAAUUGAAGGUCUAUGGAGCUGGGCUGCUAUCCUCCAUUAGUGAGCUGAAGGUAGGAUAUAAAAUGAUCCCCUGGAUUCUAGAACCAACCAGAUCCUUACAGAACAUCUACCAUCAGACACACGAUAACUGCAUAGUGCCUGGUUAAUGGCAAACAGGGUAUUUACUAAAGUAAGAUUUGCCAACAACUCAAACUAAAUUCAAAGGACAAAUUUAGGCCAAAGGAAAACUCGUUUUCCUGACACUAUAUCAUCCUUAGGACCCCCUCACCUUCAGGGCCCCACUCCCUUGGCGCCAAAGGGGUUAAAACCCCUUAAGCCACUUACCUUUAUCCAGCGCCGGGCUCCCUCAGCGCUUGGGACCUCUCCUCCCCUGCCGACAUCAUCUCCUGAGUGGAGCGGAAUGCGCAUGGACGUCAAGAGCUGCGCGUGCAUUCAAAUAGUCCAUAUGAGAACAUUUCUCAAUGCUUUCCUAUGGACGUUCUGCAUGCUAGAUGCGAUUUUCGCAUCCAUCGUCGCAGAAGCGCCUCUAGCGGCUGUCAGGAAGACAGCCACUAGAGGUUGGAUUAAACUUGCAAUGUAAACAUAGCAGUUUCUCUGAGUGACUAUAGUGACUAUAGUGUCCCUUUAAAUUUCAGAAAUGUGUUGUGUUAAUAUUUUCUUAAUAACAGCUCUAAAAUCUACAAGAUAUUUUUGAGACUCCUAUGCACAUAUCUUAUUAUAUAUAUAUUCUAGUGCUUACAGAAUAAUGUUUUUUAGGAAACACCUAACUUUUGUUCACUUUUAAACUAGUUCCCAAAAUAGGAAACAGAAGGAGGUUUAGAUGCCCACCUUCUAAAGAGGGGCAGAUUGAACUGCGUUAAACAUAUAUUUAAAAAUCUGGAACCAUUUUAAUCCAUUGCUUUGUCUCUCGCAGCAUUCUUUGUCUGGCAAUGCCAAAGUGAAGCUAUUUGAUCCCAUCUUGACCUGCAAUCAAGAAUGUAUCAUCACCACUUUUCAAGACGUUUAUUUUUUUUCAGAAAGUUUUGAAGAAGCUAAGGAAAAAAUGAGGUAACUAUUUAGUGCUGGUUAAAAAUAUGGAUUUAUUUUUUAAACUCCAUAUUGUUACAGACUGAAAUCCAAACAGAAAAAGUGAGACCAUAUAGCUAAACUGGAAAAGUCUCCAUGUCAGCUAGUCACUGUUUGGCUAUUUUAGCCUCAAUCGUGCCAUUCUCAUUUCAAUGUAUUACAUUUUGGAGUUUAGUGAAUAAGCCAGCAGUAUGGAACCUUAUAUUUAAGAAUAUUGACUAAACCAGGAAUUCUUAACCUCUUGGCUCUUAUUUCUUGUAUGUAAAUUACUCGUUAGAUAUCCCCGUUUUAUAACUGUAAAGCACAGCGGAAUAUGUUAGCGCUAUGUAGAUGAUAAUAAUAAUAUUGUGUUUACCAGCCUUAAAGGGUCAUUCAAGGCUGCUAGGUGCACUGUGUAGGUUAGGUUACAGUUAGUUAAACUGGGUGGGUUUAUAUUAUUAAAGGGAAACUCCGGGCUCCCACACGUUAGGUGCACUGUGUAGGUUAGGUUACAGUUAGUUAUACCGGGUGGGUUUAUAUUAUUAAAGGGACACUCCAGGCUCCCACACACGUUAGGUGCACUGUGUAAGUUAGUUUACAGUUAGUUAUACUGCGUGAGGUUAUAUUAUUAAAGGGACACUCCAGGAUCCCACACACAUUAGGUGCACAGUGUACGUUAGGUUACAGUUAGUUAUACUGGGUGGGUUUAUACUAUUAAAGGGACACUCCAGGCCCCCACAUACGUUAGGUAUAAUGUGUAGGUUAGAUUUCAGUUAGUUAUACUGGAUGAGUUUAUAUUAUUAAAGGGACACUCCAGACUCCCACACAUUAGGUGCACUGUGUAGGUUAGGUUACAGUUAGUUAUAUUGGGUGGGUUUAUAUUAUUAAAGGGGCAUACCAGUCUCCUACACACACAUCAGGAGCACUGUGUAGGUUAGGUUACCAUGACAAAUGUAUAAUUUAAAAAAAAAAAAUUUUUUAUUGUUUUUGCAUAUAUUUUUAACACAUUACUUUAUAGAUAUCACACUUUAAAGGGACUCCAGGCCAGAACUGAUAUAUUUUAAAAGUGGAUAAAACAUCUUGGAAACUGUAGUUCUGCAACAACUUUUGGCCACCUGACUCCCUGCUGCGUGAAAUUAAUAUCCUGCUCUUUUUUUCCCCUUCCAUCAGAGAAUUUGCAAAAACCAUUAAACGUCCAUUUAGUUUGAAGUACAACCCAUAUACGCAGAGCGUUGAGAUCCUGAAGGACACCAAAAGCAUCACCAACGUGGUCAGUGAUCUUCGCCACGAGCUGGACAUCGUCAACGACGCCUUGAAUAAAAUGAACAAACAGCUGGGAGUUUAAAAGAAUACGACAGAGGCUGAAAUUAAGACCUUAGACCAACAGCUAGACAAUAUAAACCAGUAAAUUUAAUCCUGUGAUUGCCUAACACUAACCAAGAGGGAGAACAGGAAAAUGUCCUGACCUAGGGUGUAUUCAAUACCUGUGUUCCCCAUGACCUUGGCCUAAAAAUGUUAGAUAAGAGGGAUUGAGAAUGAUUAUUGAGGGAAAUGACUGAAAACUGAUAGGGCAGAGUGUGGUUGGAACUAACCUGAAGCAAUGCUAAUUUAGCCGUUUUGGCAUUGAUACAUAUAUGGCAGUCUAGGCAAAUACUUCUAUAGUGUAUCCUUUUACAAUAAGACAAUCUGUUGAUACUUUUAGAUGUGCAGUAUGUAAAUGUAUUGUAUUCACUAAACAGGACGCUUAGGACGAAAAUCCAUUAUAAAAAUAUCUCCAGUUCAGAUGAGUCAGUUUUCCAAUCUCUAUAAGUCUUCAAUUCGUCUUGCAAUCCAGCUGGUGAGAUUUAGAAGAGGUUGUUAUGGUAGCACAGAAUACAGUGGGUAUUCGUAUGCAUCGGUUUCACUGUUCUUCCCACAACUGGUAAUGAGACACUGGUUUAGAAAAAAAUAUAUUAAUGGUACUAGAUACAUUACCAGUUUUAUUUAUUUUGGUAAAAUAGCAUUAGAAGAAUUAGAAAUAGAGUUCUAAAGUACAUAUUUUAGACACAAAUUAAUUUUUUAAUUUUACGCAUUAUGCAUCAUAACCAUGCAUUUCUAAUGCUCAUUUCUAAAAAAUAUUUGUUUUCUUGUUUAGUGUCAGAGUUAAAUUAAGUCCAUACAAUACAAAAAUACAUGUUUUAAUGAACAGAAAUUGGAUGGGAUUGUAUAGCUAACAUUUUGGCCGUACUGCUCAAUUGAAAAAUUAGCUGUUUACACCUUAGGGUCGCUGGUUCGAUACCGUGGUGGGUUAACUUAAAAUUUUUAUCUCUCCAAUAAUUACACAGUGAAAUCUGAGAGUGCAUGCAAAGAGAUUUCUCUGUAUUAAAUUAUAUAGGUUAUAAUAGAUAUUAUUUUCAUUCCAUCUGAAAGGUUAAUAUUUGUGACCAUAUGUGAUCAGAUUACGAAGUUUGAUAUUUUAACAAAAGUUUUAUUUUUUGAUUAUUCAAUCCAGAAAAUGUUUGGUUGAGCCCAGAUUUUUUUUAAUGUCCAGUUUACACAUAUGCCCAUUCACUUUGUUGAACCCCCUCCUAAAUUGUUCACUGGCUCCUGUAGCUUAUUGAGACAAAGCUAAUCGGAUUCACAAUAAUAUCCUGUGUGGAUUAAAGGUAAUUUCUGCCACGUGCCAUUCACAUCUUUGCAUGCUGUAAACUAUUAAUAUCUAUAAAGAAGAGCUUGGCUAAUUAGCGACACAUUCACAAUGUCACCGGAUAAAAUGUUAUCUGUCUAGAUCCUCUUAAACGGACCAUUACCUAUUUUUAAUAUGCAAGGUGGGAUAAAUCUAUUUCUAUGAGAUAAACUCACAAAACGGCCCAUUCAAACCAUCAAGCGUUGUUUGAGAGACGUUAUAAGGAUUCUAUGUUCACAAGAGCGCAGCCUGACUACAACGCUGUUCGCAAUGACUGCCAUUAAUUAAUGUCGCUGUUAGGAUUAGGGUACACUAGGGGGAUUCAAGGAAUUUAGGGUUAGGGGCACUAUCCACAUUUAUUUACAGAAUACCUGCACUCAAGAUGUAAUUUGCAUUCUACAUCUGGUUGAGUGUGAUGAGUGAGCAAUCUACAAUAUCUGUGGUUUCUGAGAAAGUUAAGGAGUUAAGGCAUGGGGUAAUGUUACCCAUCAUUAUUAAAUGUGACUAAAACCGUUGUCAACAUGGGCUUCGAUUUAAUAUUUUUGGAUCAGUUUUACAAACGAUCACAAUCUGUUAGAAAACAUUUUGAAAUGAUUAAUCUAUACAAAUUCCCAUAGACUUUAAAGAUUACUUCUUUAUUAUUAAACUAUUUGAAAGGGUUUCUUUUUUCUAGUAGAUUGUGACCAUUCGAAAAGCAUCUCCAAAAAUAUUAAAGGGACAGUAUAGUCACCUGAACAACUUUAGCUUAAUGAAGCAGUUUUGGUGUAUAGAACAUGCCCCUGCAGCCUCACUGCUCAAUCCUCUGCCAUUUAGGAGUUAAAUCCCUUUGUUUAUGAACCCUAGUCACACCUCCCUGCAUGUGACUUGCACAGCCUUCCAUAAACACUUCCUGUAAAGAGAGCCCUAUUUAGGCUUUCUUUAUUGCAAGUUCUGUUUAAUUAAGAUUUUCUGAUCCCCUGCUAUGUUAAUAGCUUGCUAGACCCUGCAAGAGCCUCCUGUAUGUGAUUAUAGUUCAAUUUAGAGAUUGAGAUACAAUUAUUUAAGGUAAAUUACAUCUGUUUGAAAGUGAAACCAGUUUUCUUUUCAUGCAGGCUCUGUCAAUAAUAGCCAGGGGAGGUGUGGCUAGGGCUGCAUAAACAGAAACAAAGUGAUUUAACUCUUAAAUGACAGUGAAUUGAGCAGUGAAAUUGCAGGGGAAUGAUCUAUACACUAAAACUGCUUUAUUUAGCUAAAGUAAUUUAGGUGACUAUAGUGUUCCUUUAAUUUGAGGCAGUAGUCUGGUAUGUGAUCACUAUUUAUAAAAAUCCGUCCAACCUUUAUCUAUGAUAAAGUGUAGCUAUUAUUCAUCACUUUAGAAAUGUCCUGGCCUUAUGUUUGAGAAAAAAAACCUCUUAACAUAUUAUUUAUUGUGUUUUACACCCCACCUCCUAUAGACUGUAAGCUCAUUUGAGCAGAGUCCUCUUCAACCUAUCGUUUCUGUAAGUUUUCUUAUAAUUUUUCUAUUUACAGUUAAAUUCCCCCUCUCAUAAUAUUGUAAAGUGCUAUGGAAUCUUUUGGCGCUAUAUAAAUGGCAAUAAUAAUAAUAAUUUACUCUUACAAUGCCUGUCAUGUAUAACGUUGUCUAGAUUCCUUGCACACAUUCUCUAUUGCAGCAUGCCUUCCGGAGCUGUGAAGGCAACACAUUCCCCAUAUUCUUUGAGUACAUUUUUUCAUGUUUGUAUUAAAAAAGUGUAUUAUAAGUGUGACUUUGCUGUCAGUAUAAGUAUUAGUUAAAUUUUUUGAUUCCUAAGUAUGUCACAGGCUAUUUAACAGAUUAUUUUUGGGUAUAGUUGUCUUAAAAAAAAAGCAAAAAAAAAAGCAUAAAAGCAUAACUAAAAAUAUAUCUUAAUAAAAUAAAAUAAUAAUAAUUUAAAAAAACAGCAGCUGCUAAUUCAAAAGUGUUUCUUAAACAACAUGCAAGAUGCUUAAAAAUAUAAUUGAUGUAAUAGGUUUUUGAAGGUAUUCCAAUAACUAAUUGUAAUACUUUAAUGUUGAUUCAAUCUUUUUAUCUCUAUAAUUUGCUUAUAUAGCAGAUUUCAUAUGAUUAAAUGCAUUUCACAAUGUGCCUGCAUUUUGUAUUAGCUUUCAUUCAAUGUGUUAAC